UCUUCCAGAUGCCCACGCCGCCACGCAUCACUCGGCAUUAUAUAACCACCACCGGGCGCAAAGAUAGAAUCCACCGUUAGCUUACAACUUCCAGCUUCAAGCGCAAGAAGCAAGCCAUAGCUUACACGCAGUGUCUUCCAGCCAUAUCCAUCACUCUUCGGUUUGCUGGUGGCCGUAGCAUCCAUUAAUCGCAGAGAUGAGCUCGGUGUGCGCGCGGCCCGCGGGGUUCUCUGGAGUGGUGAAGUGCCAGCGCCGGGCGCGGGUGCGGGUGUCGGCCGUGUCGGCGGCGUCGGAGCGAGCGGCGUGGGCAGCGAAGACUACGAUGUACGAGGUGCUGUCGGUGGGGACGUCGGCGGGGCCGGAGGAGAUCAAGGCGGCCUACAGGCGCGCGGCGCUGCGGUGGCACCCGGACACUUGCCCGGGCGGCGCCGACCGGUUCAUGAUGGCGCGCGAGGCCUACGAGGUGCUCUCCGACCCCGAGCGCAGGCGAGGCUACGACAUAGAGCUGCGCAUCGGCGGUGGCGCAGGGUCCUCCCAGGCGGCGCGGCGAGCGGGGUUCGCGGACUUUGAGGAGCAGCUGGCCGGGUUGCAGUGGAGGCAGGCGGAGGCGCGAGGGACGUGGGGGUACAGGAUGCGCCGCGCCGCCGCGCAGACGUCGUCGUCGCACUAGUCGAAACCGCCGCGCCUUUGCUCUGUUCUAUUGUACAGUAUAGUUUAUCUUUGCUUCUCCCAAUCUUACGCCGUGUGUUUCGGCCGACUGGUGAAAUACUGGAGUAUUGUAGCGUAGUACCAGUAAAGUGAAAAAAAAAGACGGUAACUAUUUUGACUAAGAAAACCCUGUUCAAAUUGCA